GUACAUCGCCGUCGUCGUCGGUCUUCUUUGAUGUACAAGUAGAAGUUUUCAAAUUCGCAUUUCAAUCAACCACCGAAAAAAGGGAAAAGUUUUCAAAAAUGGUUUCAUCUUAAUAAUUCAUCGUCGUAUUAAAUUGCUUCUGGUCAAUUUCAGUACAGCGAAAUAAUUUUGUACAUCUGUACUCGUUGUUUUAUUCGGAGUAUCGUGAUAAGGAAACAUAUGGUGUUGUUUUCAAGCCGCGUUUUAUGAUCCGGAAGUGAAAUUGGAUUUAUAGAAGACUAUCCGGGUAUUCAAAUAUGGAAGAUUUACUCUCGAAUUUAUCGAAAGAGGCGUUAAAUUAUAAAUUUUCCACCGUUCACAAGGCUGCUAUGGAUGCAUAUGCAUUUUUGGAAUGCCAACAAUGCGGUGCCAGGGAUUCCCCGCAUGUCCUCAGAUCAAAAUGUUUCCAAGUUAUUAAAUUAGCUUUGGAAACUAAACGCAACAAGUUGAUAACGUUGGCCAUCAGUGGAAUUUAUAAAAUGAUCCGAGACGACAGAUUUCAGUCAAAUUUCGAGCCAGAAGACGACUCGUUAUGGUUUCCUUCCCAACUACUGCAUGCUUUCAGUUCGAUACAAACGCAAGCGGACGAUGCGCAAGUUGAUAUGUUGAAGGUGUUGUUGUAUGUGGCCUGCUCGACGUACUGGACGGUUAAUGGAAGGAUUAUCAUACAGAUUUUAACCAUGUGCUCGGAAGUUUAUGAAAAUGGCAGUUUGGCGAUUAGAUCAGCGUCGCAGGCGGCCAGCAGCCAGAUAUUGUGCGCAUUUUGUCACUUUUUAGAUGAAGAAUGUCAAGAAGUAGACGCCAGCAAAACGUCAAACAGCGCCGGGAUUCUGUGUUUCAACGAAGCAAUUCCCAUAUUACAAUUCAUCUGUUGUAAGGUGGAUGAAACCCAAAGCGGAGGCAGAUGCUGUCAAAGCGUGGUGUUUUUCCUCGAAUGUCUUCACACGCUGAUCUCGAGUUUACCACAAAAAAUACAUCUGAAUAGGCAUUUCACGGCGUUCUUGUGGCAAAAACUGUGCCCUGUAUUGAUCGCCUUCUUAGGAUCACCUAGAGUUGACAAGAAGUUCAUUUCCAGAGAAGAUCGACAGAUUGGUGAGAGUGGUGAGACCGGCAGAGGUUCUGGAGGGUUGGCUACUGCACCGGGAUUCGAUAGUUAUCAGGCAAAGACUGUUUAUAGCAUUGGUAACCAGUUAGUCAGAUUGGUCGGUUGUGUUGGCUCACAUCGUCCAGUUUUGGAAUCAGUCUAUCAUCGAAUGCUAUUGUAUCCUCCUCCCGAACAUCGUUUAGAGGCUUUGAAAGCUUUAAAAGAGAUAUUGCGAAGUGUGAACAGACUGGUUGAUUUUGCCGGACCAAUUUUAAUCGAAGAUGAUAAACAGCAGUUUUGUCAGCAAAGCGAUAUGGCUCUUACAAGAUUAGUAAUGGAUUCGAUCGAAGAAAGCAGCCGUUGCGGUCAAUUAGAAAUUUUAUUCGCUUGUGUUUCUUGUAUUUCGAGUUUACUAUCGACUCUAACAGAAUUAUCGAGUGGGAAAGGAAUAAACGAAAAAUAUGUGGAAAAAAUCAACGUCAUGUUUCCCACACUGGCAGAUGCUGAUUAUUCAGGUCCUUUGACUUAUGAUUCAUCUUCUCGGUUACCAAACGUUUAUCGUGAAAUAUUACAAUAUAAAUUGGCCUCUGAUAGCGUCAGCUGCGUUAGUAGAAGUAGCAGUGGUCAUAGUAGUGGUGAUACUGAAGGACCUGAAGAAGGAUUAAAUGAUUCCGAUGUAGAAGAACCUUGUUCGGAAACUGAACGUAAAAAACAAGAAAAAGAAACCGAACGUUUAAAUAAAGUUCGAAGAGCUUCAAUAACCGAAUCGAUGACCAAAUCUACCGAUACAAAAGUAGUCAAAUCGUUGGAUUUAGAACGAGAAAAUGCUCGUCAAUUCGUUAAAACAUUGUUGUCUUUUUUACCAUCUUUGUUUCAAUUGCGAAGCACUCUUCAAGUUGACGAAGCUUUGCAGGAAUUUUCAUCGAAGUAUUGCCAAGGUGUUAUCGAUAAUGGAAUAAUUACUGAGCAAGCGACCAUUAUGAACGCUGAUGGUAUUUAUUUGGCCAUUUAUACAGUUUUGAGGUUCAAUCUGAAGCUAAUCAAUAUCGAAUAUUAUCACACCGAAUGCGAAAGUUUACCUAUGACUGAAGACCAAUUCGUGGAAGAAGUUCAUGGUAGUGGUAUUCUGGUGUACCUGUCUGCAAGCUGGCUUUCAGAAUUAUACCAACAAGUAUUAGUGACCAAUUUCCUUCAUCAUGCCGGAUACGAUCCAAAUACCACUGACGAAUACCUGCCUUUGAUUAAUUUACUAACAGACGUAGAUGGAAAUUUAAGUCGAAACGGUAGUCAUGUUUUGUCAGAUUACCAGAGACUAGAAAGAGCUUGCAUACGACCUGAAUUAACUCCAGAAAUUGAAGCUGGUCGUAAAAUGAGUCGCAGAAUACUAACAUGCUGUUGGGACUCUAUAUUGGAUGUGCUUUCUACCACAUUGCAAUAUUCAGCCGGCCAUAGCAGUAGUUCAAGGAUCAAGCUUCUAAGGAAGAAUAAAAAUAACGAGUUUUUCUUGAAAAAUUGUUUCUCCAAUAGUUUAGAAAGUCUUCAGAAGGCUGCUGAAUUGACUAAUGUCCUUGGUUUGCAAAGUCGAUGUGGUCACGUAUUUUCAUUAAUUGUGAACGCAGCUUGUCCCGAUACUUCCAACAACGAUAAAAUUUCGUCACCUUUGACGUUUCUAGAAAAUAAUCACAAAUUACACGUCUCGCAAGCUUUGAGCAUGGAUGUCGUUUUAAGCUGUGGUUUAGAAUUGGGUAGUCAUUCGCCGGAUUCUUGGAAACAUAUUUUCAAGUGUACUUCGUACGUUUGUCAUUUGGAACAGAAGCUUUUUAAGCAGACAAAUGAGUCUGUAUUGAGAAAAUUCACUCAUACGAAGAAAAAUACUGCUGUAGAAGCUACCAGUAGUAGUUCGCUGAGCACCACUGAAGGUCUGAAAUUGACGUUGAAUCCGAAUGAAAAUGUUGACGAUGAAGUAAUGGACGUGUACAGUUUCCUGGCAACUUCUCCAUCACCAGUGAUCUCAUCUAAUGAACAAACCAUUUCCGAAAUUAUAACUGCCAGUAAAGCAGACAGCAAUGGAGGCAUUCUUAGCAACGAGAUUGCUUCCCACGUUAUUUGCCUUUUAUCUCAGAAAAUCGACAGAUUAUUCGAAGAAGCAGCUCUAAAACUAAACCUCGAAGCUUUGGUGGGUUUCGUCAGGAGUUUAUGCACCGUAUCCCAUCAACAGCUAUUUUCACGUGUGUCUACGUCAGAAAUGUUGAACAAACAUUGGUGGAAAUUGAGAAACUUAGGAAAGAUCUCAUUCAAUGUAGAAUCAGAUCACAGUUUGUUCCUAACGAGAAUUAAUCAAGUUAUGUUGAAAUGUAUCAGAAGUGGAAGACCAUUACUACAUGUGAUGAAAAUUUGGUCUCUUGUAGGACCACACUAUAUCGAAGCUGCUUGUAAUAAAGAACAGGCUAUUUCAAAGAUAUCAGUGAUUUGUAUCCAUGACGCUAUCACUGCCCUGUUGAACGAACAAGUUGAAUUGGCACAUUUUCAUUUUAACGAAGCUUUGUUCAAACCAUUCGAAAUACUUUUAUGUCUAGAGCUUUGUGAUUCUGAUAUCCAAGAUCAAAUCGUCAGCUGUAUUUGCGAGUUUGUCGAAGGUAAUAGAGCUGAUAUACGAUCCGGUUGGAGAUCUUUAUUCGGUGGUUUACGAGUAAUCAGCAGCGUUCAUUUGGCAUCUUUGAAUAAUGUUUUCAAAGUAUUUCUCGAUACUGAUAAUACUUUGGUAUUUUCAAACGCUGCUGUUGAUUUUAUUGCUUGUCUUUUAAGACACGUUAAAGGAACAGACGAAGUGAAUACUUUAGACGACUCUAACAAUGACGAACAAGGAUUAGAAUUAGCAGCAUCUGCCUUAAAAUACCUACAUCAAUGCUGCGGUAUUUUAGGAUCCAUGUUCAACAUGCCAGCAUGCCCGGUUUUCCACACAGCUCACAGUGUUCAAAUUAAUUUAUCAAAACUCGACCCCGAAGUUCCGGAUAAAAGUAUAGUGUAUUUUGGAGACGAUAAACCGUACGAUGAUCAAAACGAUGAAUUUUAUCGAUCAUUAUCCUUGAACGGUCUGAGCGAAACAUCUCUAUCGCAAAUUGAUAAACCAAGCGGAGUCCUCAGAGUGUGGGCAUCGAUGAUCGAGAGUUUAUCAUUCACUUGCAUGGUGGCGACUGGAAAAUACCAAUCGCAAGCGCUGGAUAUGUUGUUUGUUAUAGUACAAGAUUUGAGAAAUGUUCCAGGCGUUGAAUUCGCUUUAUUUUGCGUGAAUAAUAUCCUGCUGCCAUUCAUGCAACAUUGGCUUCGUAAAAUACCCACUGGGCCUACAACAGAUGCAACAGAUCAGGCGACGCUGGUUAAUUUUAAGCAGAGUUGCGGUACGCUUACUGACCUCAUCGUGGGAUACAUUCAGUACUUAGCAGAAAAAUCUGAUAUCGAUAAAGGAACGUUGAUGUUCAAACAAUCGAUGAUUUUAUUCAUCGAAUUGAUCGCUCACUCAAAAGAAACGAUCACCAGAUUAGGUUGCGCGUGUUUAAGGCACAUGAUCCUUAGCGUGGGACCAAUGUUGAACGAAGAGUUAUGGAUGGUGGCUUGUUUGACAAUUCAUAAAGCAUGCGUGCUAUCUCUGCAUCCUCUGAUGCAAUUGAUGGCCGCAUUUUAUCCUUGUUCGCAAAGCUUCUAUGGUGAUCUGGCUCAGGUGAAGGUUGCUGCCAGGAAAGAUUCGACUGCCGAAGAGAAUUACCGAAUUAAACAGCUUUCUCAACAGAUUUUCUUGUUAGAAAAUCAGUACGAUGAGUUUAAACAAUCAGACUGCGAGAUAGAUGAAGAAAGGAGUUACAUAUUGUUGUUAUGUCCGUUGGAUGGAUCUGAUAAUCAUUCUGUGAUCAGAAUACCCUACAGAAACAUCGUCAUAGGGCUGUUGGCAAAUCAGCUGAUACUUCAGACCAUUGCGACGUUGCUAAUACAGGGCACACCCAGAAUUGUGCCGAGCUUGGCAAACGUUCUGCUACAAACUCCAGCAGCCAUUGCACCAACCACGAUGACCAAAUCUUCCUCGACAAAAACAACCAACGAUAAAAACGAACCAAAACUAUACGGCCUAACUUCGUACAUGAGUCAAAGUCACAUCAACGUGUUAUUCAGCUGUCUGGACUUUUCUUACGAAAAAGCCAUCUCAUUCGAUUCUCGUCCCGGUUUAAAGUUCCUAUUGCAAAAAGUAGCUGGUUUGGAGAAAGCUACCAAUCUGUAUAAACAAGCCGGAGCAUGUUGGACGUUGAAAAUUAUCGCGCUGUUUGAAUUAUACUUGUACGAGUCGCAGAAAUAUCACGUUACUUUGGAUAAGGUCAAGGAUUAUAUGGAAAAGUUCGAUUUGAAAUACGAAACGAGCAACGAGUUCUCAUUAAACCACCUAUUAUCCCAUCAAUACGAACCAUUCGUCGUGUACAUAUUCUGCCUUCGUCAAAGCUUCGACAGACUUUGCGAAAAAUACAUCGACGUUGUUUUGGAUAAAGAUGGAAUGUACUCGGUCAUCGAUUCAGUAUGUGACCAACCAAUCUUCUUCUUGAUUUCUCAAACUGAAGAUUUCCCCGAACUGAAUCGAGCUGCUCGAUUAUCUUCGAAUCAAGAACCAGCCUCGUUGUCAGAAAUAGACAACAGUGAUCCAGGGUCUGCCCUAAAUUCGCAGAUAAAAUCACUGCAUGUGGAUGGUUCGUCAAACUCCGUCACUAGUGCUGAAGAUGCUGACGUCGAAACUGCAAAAAAGAAGCCAUUUACGUUUUCGGAUUUCAUAUCUUUGACUUCGGAUGCAAACAGUGACAGUGAAGCUGCAGCUGAGAACAAGGAUGAAGUUCAAGACGAAUGUGGAACGACGAAUGAAGGAGAGAAAUCAGCUCUGGAUGACGACGUUGAAUCGGUUUACAUGAUGGCGAGUAGCAGAAGUAUUGAUUCGGUUGUCGAAGAGUACGUUAAACGUAAGAAAUCUUGUACAAUGUUGCCCACGUCUAGCCAUUUGCCUAAGAGGAAGCAAUCCUUUGGAGGAUAUACGAGUAAUGUCGGAGUUAUGGAACCUUUGCCUCCAGAAAUCGAACAGCAAAGGAAAAGCAGCAUUAAUAAAGACAGCGAAGCUCAUCUAGCCGUUUGGGCGGAAGUAUUGAUAUCGGUAUUCGAUAUUUUGGCCCAGCUGGACGACGAGGUGUUUCGUAUACUGCUUCCAGUCUUAUUCAACGGUGUUCGAAGUCUUACAGCUCAUGCCACGCAUCCGUCUUUGAAGCAUGCCCUAGCUGAAUUCUUCCACAGAGUAGCAGUGGUGUAUGGUUUCAGUCCAUAGCUACUUUUGUAAUUUAUAUCUUUAAAGCAAACAAAUUGAGCUGUCUAAGAAGCUUUUUUUUCCAUAUUUAAUAAGUGAACGAGUGUUCAAAUUGUGAGCUGUUUGUUUUUAAUUUAUUUUUUCAAUUUUAUUUUUUGAGGCAAGUUGAUGUAUAAUGAGAGAGUUUCAUUUAUGCGAAAUAACGUUUUUUUUGUGUUUUUAAUUUGAUACCUAAGUUUAUUAUUUUGUAUGUGUAUUUUGUAUACCUACUUACUCAUUCUGGUUUAAGGAUUCGAUUAGUGAUAAUGCGAUAUUUUUUUAUAUCGAAGAAGGUGUGUUUUAUGUAAUCGAAUUUCAUAAGUAUUAUACUUACCUGAUACCUACCAACUUGUUAUUUUGUAAUUUUUUUUUUUAUCAACAUAUUGUUAUUCAUGAUACCUAAAUUAUUUAAACUCAUAUGAGAAAUGCUGAAUCGAAUAAAUUUUUAUUGUUCUAAUUUUUAUCAAUUUAUUUCUAUG